CUUCCUGCGAGGCUGCAAGGCCGCCCUUCAGGUCACCAAGAUCAUCCCCCUUUGCCCCAGAAAUCCUAGACGCUCCCCAACUCCGGAAUGCGCGUUCCCUCCACGAAGCGGGCCCAUGGCUGGCCACACUCCUCUAGGCGAAUCUGUCCGGAGCAACCAGGAAGUCCAUGUAGUGCUGGGGAACGAAGCUUGUGACCUCGACUCCAUGGUGUCCGCCCUGGCCCUGGCGUACUUCUUUGCAAAGUCAUUCCCAGAGUCCAAGGCGACCUUCGUUCCGGUCCUUAACAUCCCCCGUUUGGACUUCCCACUGCGGACGGAGAGCACCUUCCUCCUCAAGCAACAGCAGCUCCCCGAGAGCUCCCUCGUCUUCCGCGACGAGAUAGACCUCCUCUCCCUGCACCGAGCGGGCCUCCUUGCCCUGUCGCUGGUCGACCAUCACGUCCUGCCGAGCAGGGACGUGGUGCUGGAGGAGGCGGUUGUGGAAGUGAUCGACCAUCGUCCCCUGGAGCGGGAGAGGCGCCCCCCGUGCAGAGUGACGGCAGAGCCGGUGGGCUCGUGCGCCACUCUCGUGACGGAGAGGAUCCUGCAGGGGCCGGUGCAGGUUUUGGACAGGCUGACGGCGGCGUUGCUGCACGGCACGAUUGUUCUUGACUGUGUGAACAUGGCUCCCGAAGCGGGCAAAGUGACUCCGAAGGACAAGCAUUAUGCUUCCCUUUUGGAAGCAAAGUUCCCCGAUCUACCUCCACGAAGUGUCAUAUUUGAGGCCCUACAGAAAGCCAAGUUUGACGUUUCAGGCCUCACCACGGACCAGAUGUUGCGGAAAGACCUCAAGGUCCUCUCGGGUAAAGAAGCCACCGUCGCCCUCAGCGCCGUAUACGUGGAUCUUCAGACCUUCUUGCAGCGCCCUGGCUUAGAGCAGGAACUGAGCGCCUUCUGCCGAGAAAGGAGAUACGACGCGCUGCUGGCCAUGGCCAUCUCCUUCAACGAACGCAACGAGCCAUUCCGGCAGCUCGCUGUGUACAGCCAGCGUGCGGAACUCCGGGCGGCGGUGUGCCAAACCUUGGAGCGCUCUAGCGACCCUCCCCUCGGCCUGUCUCCGCUUGAGAGCCCGUACGCCACCGUUGCGGCCUACAACCAGGGUAACGCCACAGCCUCGCGCAAGAAAGUCCUUCCCGUUGUCAAACGCUUCCUGCAGGAGCGGGACCUGUGCCACCCCACCUGCGCCGCCAUGCAGCCGGAGGCCCCGGGCCGGAACCCCAAGUCGAGAUUGGAGCCGAGAAGUGUGGCGGGCUGUGAGGCGGAGCGCCCUGGGGCACCGAAGGACCCCGCCAAGCCCUCUCACCGCUUGGGGGACGACUUGGCGGACGACGAGACCCCCCUUCCCCCCACGCCAAUGAACAGCCUGGUGGAUGAGUGCCCCCUGGACCGGGGUCUCCCGAAACUGUCCGCAGAGGCCGUCUUCGAGAAGUUCAACCGCAUUGCAGCGGCCCGCUCCUCCGCGGACGAGAGCCCCGAGAAGAAGUGAUCCGGAGCGAGAAGAAGUGAUCCAAAGCGCCGAGUGGACUCCUCGGAUUCAUGGAAACUCGCCGGCGAGGGGGCGCCGUUGCGUGUGUGUGCGCGUGUGUGUGGAUGUGUGCGUGUAAGGGUAGGAACACCCCGCUACUUGGAAGAAUUAAACACACAUUUGUCUGCCC